AUGAGAAGGAUACUGGAAAUCCAUAAUGAAGGGGGAGGAGGCAAAUACUUAGGUGUCCCGGAGCAAUUUGGGAGAAAAAAAACAGAGAUGUUUCAGUAUAUUGUCGACAAAGUUAAAGAGCGAACUCAGGGUUGGCACAAAAGCUUUUUGUCUACUGGGGGUAAAGAGGUUCUACUUAAGUCGGUCGCCAUUGCAUUACCGGUGUAUUCGAUGAAUGUUUUCAAGUUACCAACAGGAAUGUGUGAAGAAAUAAAUAGUGUGUUGGCUAAGUUCUGGUGGAAUACGAAUGAAGAGAGAAAAGGAAUGCAUUGGUUUAAGUGGAAGCCGCUAUGCUUCCCGAAAAAAGAAGGUGGAAUUGGCUUUAGAGAUAUUGAAAGCUUUAACUUGGCACUCUUGGGGAAAACAAGCAUGGAGAUUGUUGCAGAAUUCAGAAUGUCUUAUGGCUCGUGUGAUGAGAGGGACUUACUGCGAAAGGGAUUGAGAUUCGUGAUUGGAGAUGGGAAAGCAAUUAGUGCCUGGGAAGAUCCUUGGCUACCAACACAUCCACCAAGAGCUCCGAAGCCAAAAAAUCCAGAGAAAAGGAGUUAUAGACAAAAGAGUAAAGACUGUCCAGACGGCUCUAUCGAGAAACAGCGCCCAACCGCGCAGUCCGGCUGGCCGAGGAACGCACGUUCCGCGCUCGGCCAAAGUCACAUCCGUCCGACUGAAGUCUCGACUGAAGAGGUAGAAGGAAUAUUGUUUGCUUGUCAUAGUUCUAGUUAUGCAGGGCACUUUGCCACUUACAAGACAGUAUCCAAGGUCCUACAAGCUGGAUUUUGGUGGCCAACAAUGUUUAAGGAUGCUCAUGCAUUCAUAUCAAGAUGUGAUGCUUGCCAAAGAAUGGGAAAUAUAAGCAAGAGGAAUGAGAUGCCGCAGAACUUUAUACUAGAAGUUGAAGUUUUUGAUGUUUGGGGCAUUGACUUUAUGGGACCUUCCCAACCUCUUUUGGUGACCAAUACAUUCUAG